AGGCAGAGGUCUCAUGCCCUGCGGAGCCGGUGUGCUACUGUUAUGGGGACUCGUGUGACUGCGUUUCAGGAGUUUUGCAUACAGCCAUGGAAACGUUUUUCAUCCACCAGAAAAGAAGGACAUUUCCAGGGGAGCGGGGUCACUCUGGGAUGACGGGACAGCCAGCUUCACUGGCCCAUCACCUGUUCGCGGUCACUGCCUGCCAGGACGCUGACUUCGGUACCCUCGCCCAGGAGCACUGCCUGGCCCGGUUCGAGUCAGACAUGGAGGCCGUCGGGGAGCCGCUGUGGUGUGACUGGGCCAAGACCAUUGGGAGCUACAAAGAGCUCACGGACUGCACCCGGCAGGUGGCGGAGAGGCUGCAGUGCUUCUGGCCCAACGCGGCGGUGGACAGGUUAUUCCUGGCUGUCCACCGGCACUACUUCCGGAAGUGCCCCGUCUCCGGCAGGGCCGUGCGAGACCCGCCCAGCACUGUCCUCUGCCCCUUCAUCGUGGUGCCCAUCACGGUGACCCUGAUGGUGACGGCGCUGGUGGUCUGGAGGAGCAAGCACACGGAAGGCAUCGUGUAGGCACGGCCGGGGCUGUGGGUGGCCAGGCCAGGGAGGUGGGCCUGGUCUGGCAGCAGCUCCCCAGGGCUCCAGGCCAGGCAGACCCCAAUGCCCCCUUCUCCAGCCAAGAAUUGCUGGCAGGGCUACAGAGUGUUUGGGCUCAGGCAUGGGCCCUGGAGUCUCCUGACCAGAGGGGAGCCACCCACUAAGGGCACGGCCCUCACUUCACUCCGGAGCCUGCAGCUCUGCCCGGCGCCCCCACCCGGACUGCUGACCCAAUGCGUGCGUUUGCCAUUGAGCACUUUGUGAUUAAAGGGUGUUCUUGAAUGUGG